AACUCAGCUCAAUUUGCGCUGUUAACAAUGCCUAUCGAUAUCACCCCACUCAUCGAUAUUAGCGUUAAAGCGAACAGCUGUUAAGGUAGCCACAAAAUUGUUAUUGUUGAGAUUUUCCAAUUUUCUAUUGAAAAUUAAUUAAUUUCAAUUGUUUGUCUAACAAUUAAAAUUUAUAAUACAUUUGAAAUGUUUUAAUACCGACUGCGCUGAGAAUCACAAUGACUGAACAUGGACAAGAGAGUAAUGAGAUUGAGAUUCCAAGCGCCAGCGAUUGGCGCUUAUGGUGUCGACUUUGUGCAAAGGACGAUCUGCAGGGCAAUAUAAAUGUGUUUCUUAAAAACGAGCUGGCUGCACCAGGAGAGCGGGUGGGAGAUGCCAACGGAGCAGUCAGCGACAUGGCAUUGGCCACAGCCAUUGGCAAAUACUUCUGGGUGAAUAUAACCCGCAAUGAGGAGCUGCCGGAGAUGAUAUGCAGUGAGUGCCUGACAUUGGUCACAUCGCUGGUCAACUUCUCGGAGCGCAUAUCCCGUGUGCAGAAGCUUUAUUGCAUACUGCAGAGUACACCCAAGGAAUCCGUUAAUAUGCCCGAGCUGCGUGCUAAAUUUGGACUGUUGGAGGAGGAGCCGGAGACGCUUACCGAAGUGCAUUAUGUGGAAGAGAAGCCAAAGCUCAACGAGCUGGAGGAUGUGGCCCUGGAGCUGGAGAAUCCGCUCACGCCGUGCGUACGAAACGUGGAUAGAUUUGAGGAAGCUUUCAAAACAGAUGAAAAACUCAUGACAUCAGCGGAAGCAGUUGAGAAUAAUGAAGAAGACGCUGCUGAAGGAGAGGAGGCUGAGGACCAAGAGGAGGACGAGCCAGAAUAUGAAGACGCAGGCAACGAGCUAUUGUUGAAGCUGUCUGAUGCAUACAGCAACGAUGACAGCAAUGCCUCCAGUGCAGUCCAUUCGAACGCUGCUAAAAUCAAGUCUAUCCACAUCAAAUCCUAUCAGUGCAGCGAGUGUCCACGCUCCUACGCCACCUCAAGUACCCUUAAGCGUCAUAUGCGUCAAGAGCAUGAUAAUAGCGAUAAGGAAGCCAAGCUAUUGCCAUGCAAACAUUGCGAGAAGGGGUUCCGCUCACGCUAUCAGCUGCAGCGUCAUAUGCAACAGCAUCUUCCGAUGGCCAAGCGCAAGUUGUAUCCGUGUGCCAGUUGUGGCAAGAAGUUUACAACAAAUGCCUCAGCACAAUCGCAUGCCCAGUAUAUGCAUCAGGAGGAUCGUCCGCGUCCGGUCAUCUGUGAGCAGUGUGGCGUUGCUGUCACCUCAGUGUCUGCCCUCAAGGAGCACAUGCUGAUUCACACGGAUUACGCCCCCUUCGAGUGUGAUGUGUGCAAGAAGUGCUUUAAGAGCGAGAACCGAUUGAAGCUCCACAAGGAGACGCACGAUCCGCACAAGUAUAUCUGUCCGGAGUGUGGCAUGCAACUGAAUUCACGGCCAACGCUUAAUCGCCAUCGUCUGGUGCACACGGAUCACAUGCAGCACAAGUGCGAUUAUUGCGGCAGGGAAUUCAAACGAGCCAAGGCCCUUAAGAAUCAUCUCGUCCUGCAUACGGGAUUGAAGCCGUACUCCUGUGAUUUUUGCGAUCGAACCUUUGCCAAUGGCUCCAAUUGCCGCACGCACAAGAAGAAGUCACAUCCCGAGGAACUGGCUGCCCAAGAGGCCGCUGGCGGUGGCAAAUCCUACAAUCGCAAUAUCCCCAAACUGGAGGCGCUCAAAGCAUUCACCAAGAACAAGGAUAACUUGUCGCCGGUUGCAACCAAACAGAGCGGCUGCUUUGCCUUUGGCAAGAAGCCCAAGACCCAGUUGAAAACGGAUGCUCUGGCCAGGCCUAAUCCCGCACAGACUGCUGCAGUCGGAAUACCCACAAUAGAGCAUAUUUAUAAUCUAUAAUUAAAUUAUGAAAUAAACACAUCUAGUGUGCUGGAGGAUCAGACGGAGCAGUCUACACAGAAUGUGUAUUCCUAUUAAUCUCGUUUUGGGCGCGCAUUUUGAAUGCGGAUCUGUGAAUGGAGUAGAUGAACUGCGCAUGUGCCGAGCAGUGUCAAAGGCUCGUCAGCAGUCACCCCCAUAUUUUAAGGGUAGCACCAAGUGGCCAAUAUCCUUUAUGAAGGAAUUUAGUUCAGUUGACAGCGUGCGCUUCCUCGUGUCUGCUCCGAAUGGGAAUUUGUUGAAAUUCAUUGAAAACUAAGCUUGUAAACUGUAUAGUUUUUGCCACAGUGAAAACUAUGCGAAUUUGUUCAAAUCGUGCUACGGCUACAUAAUGCCAAAAAUGCAUUAAUUAAAGUGUAGAACAAAAUUUGAAUUUUAUUUUUGUGUUUCGAGCAGAUAAUAAAAAAGCCAAAAAAAAAAAUCGAUUUCUCACCAAUGAAAACAAAGUGAAUUAAAAACCGCAAUUUAUGCGCAUGCAGCCCAAACAAAGUGCAAAUACAUAAAAACAAAAAAAUCUAACUGCUCAAGUGCCCAAAAGUUUAAAAACAAAACCCAAAUACAGCUUAAACAAAUGACUAAAAUCAAACAUCAAAAUUAAGCAGCAAGUCAAACAAAAAGCCGCACACAUUCUAAUCAACUCGUAAGUUAGAAGAAAAACACAAGAGAGCGAUAUAAUGGCGAAAUUUAAUAACCGCGUGCAACGUCGGGACGACGAAACAAACAUUUGAGAGAGAGAGAGAGCGCGCGUGUAAAAGAGAGAGAGAGAGAGAGGGAAACGAGCGAGCGUCAGCCAAGAGAGUAAGUCUGAUCAGCUUGUAAAAUC